AUUGCCAGCUCUCCUUUUUCACCUCGGCGCCCGUUGGUCUGCCUCUGCCCGGGUGCUGGUCAGAGGGGGUGAAGGAGGAGAACUUUGACAGUCACUCGCCGAAUCACAUUCAGACAUGCCGGGGGUCGUCAUGGAUAAUGUCAAUGCCGGUGGAGUCAAGCCGAGGGCAGAUGUACAGGACUCCAGGAAUGGCAUUGCACAUUCGCCUGGCAGUACAGGAAACAUUCAGAACGGCUCAUUUCACGUCAACGGAGGAAUGGACGACCAGGACCACAAAGCGGCAGUCGUCCCGGCUGUGUCAGCUCAAACCCCGCCAGAGUUAUUGCAUAUAACCCAGGGGUUCUUCCCAUUUUCCACAUUGAUAAAUCGUUCGGUGCAACAAUGCUGGAACGACCUAUCCGAGUUAAUAACAGAGCUGGCUGAAGUUCAGGUACCAUCACAAGGGUCAGGCUCACCAACAUCAAUUCUCAAUGGCAAGACACCGGGAAACCAGAGCCCGGAGAAUCUCCAAAAGAAACUUCGGGUACUGAAUUUUGCUCAUGCGAAGCGGGCGGAAUUCAUCAAACUUCUUGUCCUAUCGCGAUGGAGUCGACAAGCGGCCGAUGUCAGUAAAUUGAUUGACCUUCAAAAUUUCAUCCGCAUACGCCACCAAGCCUACGUUGGCGCUCUACAGUCGAUUGGGGAUAUGAAACGGGAUUUAGUUCAAGCUCAAGUGGCCAAUCCGGAUCUUCAAACAGCAUUGGAAGUAUUGUCGAAGGGCCAAGUAGUUUCAAUGUCGGAUCUAGGGUAUAAACCUCCUAGGCCACUGACAGCGAAAGGUGCUUUGAAACGGCUCAAGAAGAUCAAUCGGAUUAUAAGCGUGAGGCUAGCGUUACAUGACGCUGUCCCUUCGUUUCUCAGGACUUACCAUGUUCACGACGGCAGGGUCACGUUUUCCGUGCCCGGGGAAUUUGAACUUGAUCUGUCAAUCGGAGAGGAAAGUGAACUAUCCCAGUUCUAUUUCGUCGAUGUGCGCUUUUUAUUCACUCCGUCGUCGCCAAUUCCCAGCGGUCGAGUGUUCAACGAGCUUGAUAUCAGAAUCAAUGAUAUCUUGCGAAACGAUGGUCUGGCAGGAUGCUUCCAUUUCUUGCAUAGCUUGGUGUUGACAAAUAAAGUCAAUAUACUCUUCAAGCAAGCUGUUCAACUAGCAAGAGGCCUCUGGACAGAUAUCUUGCACGUUGAGCUAUUGCAUCGAACGCUGGUCGUGCAAUACUGGGCUCUCAAGCCUGGCCCUAAAAGUUGGCUGGAAAUCGGCGUCAAGCGUGGUCGACGCAAGACAGAAGGUCAUGGCCCUGGCCUACCCUAUCUUGGUCUGCGUUGGCUGAGGGAUGGCCAAGAAGCCGAUAGUGAAGAGAUCCAGUUUGAUGCGGCGAACCUUUCUAUGGAGCACAUCCUGCGAAGCGCUAUUGCAUUGCACAUAUCUCAUAUAUUGUCUUCAGCCUAUGACAGGAUCAUUAAAGCGUCGCUUUUUGCUGCCGGCACCUUGUCUUUGCGGGCGCAGGUAGAUGGAACGGAGCCUGGAGAUUGCCAACUUGAUGUUCAACUCACAACGUCGAGGCAUGCCCGGGUCUCCAUUGAACCAAUGUCAGGAGCGAUCAUACUGUCGACGACCCCAAAUGCAUCUGAGCGUCCCGAUGGCGACCGCGGCUCAGACAGAACGCCUGUCGACGAUAUCGUCUCUCGGGUUUCUCGGCUCCGUUGCGUUUCCGCAAUUGAACAAGUCGAAUCGAGUGUUAAGAUGUUUGGAUUUCAUCCAGUCAGUCCUAGGGGACUGAUGAUCGAUUUCCGGAAAAUAUUCCCACCCAAUGUCCUGAAGUUUUCUUUCUUUUCACACCAUCUCUGGAACCGGGAUUGGAUGAUCGCGGCCACGAGUAGCGUGGAUGGCGACAGCUGGUGGAUCGUGCAUGUUCAGUCAGCACCCUCCCCUCGACAUCACUCAGUUCUGAACCCAGACAUCUACAGUCCAUCGACCCUGCAUUCAGCCCAGCCAGUCAGCAGUACACUAUUCCCUGUGGAUUAUGGGAAUAGCUAUGCAUCGCUUGCAGAUCUGGGACAUUGCCUAUCUGGGAUUUUGGCAGUAUAUGCUAACGCGGUUUGUCUGGCGGGAUUCCAGAGCAUCAAUUUUUAUCCCAAUCUACACAGGCUGAGGAUCGGCUCGGACCUGAAAGUGCCAGACAUCUAUGUGAAGUACGAUACAUCCAAUGUUCCACAUGGCUUGCAGGUAUCGUUGCCUUCUUGGUUCAAGAAGAGGGAUUUUAUUAAGGAUACUGUCCGCAUUGCCUUCCACGGGAUCGAUCCUCGGAAGAAGGUCGCCAUCAUGGUUGCUUAUGGGACCUUAUCAAAUCCGGUCAAGAUGUCUGGCACACUUCCUUCGAAGUGGGAUCACUCGGUGACCUUUCAAAAGAAAGGCAGUGGAUUUGCAAUCCGUUUGCUUGCUCCUGUGGGCAGUCCCAUCAUACUGGAGCUCUUUGAAAGUCUACAAAGACUCGAGUGCGUUUUGUCAAUGGUAGACACCCUCCAGGCGAAGAAAAUGGAACUUCGAAAGUUGUCGCUCUCCGGUAUCUCAUUUGCUUAUGGCCCUGGGAGGAAUCUUGCUGCGAACAUCGAGAUGGGAAUAUCGAGGGCCCGAGCAGAAGCUCCGUCUCAGCUUCGUCUCAACAUUCAACUACCUUUCCCAAAUCCCCACCGUCGUAUCCAAGCCUCUCUUGCCGAUAUGCUGAACCGAGCCUCUACUGCCGAUGCAGGCCUGGACAGCGUCUCGGAUUUGCUGUCGCUCACUCUCCCUUUGAUGCUGGCUUUGGACCAAAUCACAGCAAACCCGUCUCGCAAAGAUAUGAUGAAAGUACAGGUGAUUGUGCGCAAUGCGAGAAACUUCCGCAUCCAUUACCCUGGUCACCAAUGCCGCUUCCAACUACUGGCAGGCCAAUAUCUCGGCCGCAUGGCGUGGAUACUCAAGGACGCAAGCGGGCGUCAAGGCGGAGAUCACCAAGAACAGCUGAGAACCAGAUUAAAGUCGGAGCUGUACGAUUCCAAAGGAGAGGGCUGGAAAGGGCUUGGGAACGGCGCCGUCGCAGAUUUCGAUAAAGUCGGAAACCUCAUCGCGCAAGUUGACAAGAUCUUCCACGGCAACCAGGGUGUCCUAGGUACCGCCACGUCUUCGGGCCCGGGCGGAGAACUCAAGUAUCCAAAGGACCCAAGUCUGCCACUGGCAGCAGCGCAGCCUAAUGGGAACAACAGCCUCAUAAGUCCGGCUCGUCCUGGCGGUAAUGCCAUCACCGCCACAGGGCCCAGCGCCAAAGCUGGCGGCGCAGCACAAAACGCUGAUUUUAUCAUGAUUGACUGAUUUUCUCUAUCGGGUCUUUCUUUUUGUUUUUUUCCAACCCGGUGGCGAUUGAUCUAAAGAAGCUUUCUAUUGCAUAUAUUAGCGGCUGUUUCUUUUUUGGGUGGUGAGGUGUUGAUUUUUUCCCCAUCAGUUUCACUAUAAAGCCGAUGUAUGUACUUAAUCUUGUACUUCCAGUUGCAUGAU